ACCUGACCGUAGAGUGGGCUAGAAAUGGCGUCUUACUUGAUUGCUGGUGAGCGGCUAGUGCGUGCUUUGGCCCCUGGCGGGGAGCUGGAGCGAGAGCAGCUGCCACGGAAGCUGCGGGCAGAGCUUGAGGCUGCGUUGGGGAAGAAGCACAAGGGCGGUGAUGGCUCUAGUGGCCCCACACGCCUGGUUUCCUUCCGCCUGGUCCGAGAUCUGCACCAGCACCUGAGAGAAAGGGAUUCCAUACUAUACCUUCAUGAGCUCCUAGAAGGCAGUGAAAUCUAUCUCCCAGAGGUGGUGAAGCCUCCUAGGAACCCAGAGCUAGUUGCCCGUUUGGAGAAAAUUAAGAUACAACUGGCCAAUGAGGAAUAUAAGCGGAUCACCCGCAAUGUCACCUGUCAGGAUUCAAGGCAUGGUGGGAUUCUAAGUGACCUGGGCAAGGAAGUGAGGUCAGUGAAGGCUCUGGUCAUCAGCAUCUUCAACUUCAUUGUCACGGUGGCAGCUGCCUUUGUCUGCACUUACCUUGGAAGCCAGUAUGUCUUCACAGAAAUGGCCUCGCGGAUACUGGCUGCGUUGAUCGUCGCCUCUGUAGUGGGUCUAGCCGAGCUAUAUGUCAUGGUGCGGGUGAUGGAAGGCGAGUUGGGAGAGAUAUAACCGGUGCUUCAUCAUCAAAACCUGGAGACGGUUUGGAGGGGCUCCAGGCUCCCAGCUGCCAGUCACCGACUCUCAGUCAACCCAUCAGGUUCUUUGUGUUCAGGGCCAUGCCAAGGCUACCUGCUGUUUCUGUGGAGAGUCUCAUCCUCUGUCAUUUCCCAGAGGGGGCAGCAGAGGAGACUCAGACAACUGAAAAGGACUGGUCUGCCAGUACCUUCUCCUUCUCCUGAUGGCUCUCUGCCUUCUCCAGUCCAUUCUGGGCACUGCUGGGGCUGGGGUUUUCCAUUGAGAGUGAAUGGAGUCCGGGCCUUCCCAUACUGCCUGAACUUGCCCAAGUGCACAUAUCAGUCGUCGUUCUUGUUCCACACAUCUUUGAUGCUGACCUGUAACUUAGUUCUGAAGCCGCCAAGAAAACAGAAUGGAUUCCCUUUCUCCACGUUAUGCUGGAAGAGGAACUGAUAGAGGACGUCAGGGAAGAGGAAGAGGAAGGUGGGUUGGUACAGAAUGGUGGGAGUGGAAGUAAGGCAGCUACCUUUGUGGGAUCUUUGUUUCUACUUUUGCCCUCUCCCUUCUGCUUGCCUUUCUCAGGUUCUCUGUGUGCUUCCUUCUGCCUCUCUACCAUCCACCAGCCCUCCUUAAACUUCCCACCUUCUCUGCACCCUUUGCUCUGUCUCCAAAAAUGAAAACAAUUCAGGUAGCAAAACAGUGUAUCUGCUUUUAAUUGCAAAAUCCCUUUACUUGUUUGUGUUUGUGGGGAGAGUAUGCCUCAACUAGUAAAGGGAGGGACAGGGGCAAUUUUCAGAUUUAAUUAUAUAUAUAAAUAUGAAUAAACAUACACAUUAAUGUGUAUACCUAAUAUAUACAUUAUGAAUAUGUAUACAUGUUUUUAUACAUGAGCCUAAUACAGGAUGUUUUACGUGGGUUCUCAGACAUGUCUGGGUAGAUGCAAAAAAUAGUAUGUAAAUGCUCACAGUUGACUAAUUGUCUUAUGUAGUUGCUUUUGGUCUUUAUCACAAUCUUGGAGGUUGGAAAAGGAAAUGGUCUUAGGCCCCUUUUCCAGAAGACAAAACUGAGGGUAAGAGAGAUCAAACGACCUACUCUGAUCCUUCCUGUGUUAAAUGGAGCCAAAGACUCCUAGAUGGUCCUGAAGUCUCUGUGUAAUGUUAAAUUUCCAGAACUUAGAUUGGUGGUGUGAUGAUAGAAUCUGUGUAAGGCACAAUAAAUAUUUAUUACAUUCA